UGCCCAACGAGUCACCCAUCUCCACCACAAGAACCCCCUAAUCACCUACUUGAAGUAAACAACAAAAUAUAUCAAAUCCUUACCACCUAUACCACCAUUUCAUUAUCCCUUCAUCACAGGCAAUAACACAUGGUUUGCUGCUUUAAUUUAUAUUUUCCCACUUUCUAAUCACCAUUAUUUUAUAUGGGUUUUCCUCUUUUCCUUGUGCUCAUGAUUCCAAACACCCCCUCUAUAUUUGCAACCCCAGCCAUAAUAUUGAAAGCAACCAAGAGAGACUCAUUAGUCCAAGAGCAAUGGGCAGCCAUGUGAAGAAAGAGAGAGGACUCCUAUGUGUUUAUAGCUCCGGCGAGGGGGAGAAGAAGUCCGAGGAAAGGUUGAGUGUUAAGAAGCAGGUUGGCUGGAGUUGGGGGCUGAGGAAAUCAAAAACUUGUCGAGAAAAUGCUCAGUAUGGUGGAGAGAGGGUGGUGGAGGGAGGAGGAGGGGUGGUGGUGGAGGCGAGGAAGUCAGUGUCAUGCAUAGAGACGAAUGUGUCGUCGGUGGCGGCAUUUCUUCAAGUGAAGGUGUUGGUGACGGACAUGCCUGGAUUCAUGCAGGUGCAUGCUUUUAGGUGUGCUCGCCGGACUUUUGAUAGCUUGGAGAAGUUCAGCUCUAAACACAUGGCUUAUAACAUCAAGAAGGAGUUUGAUAAGGUGUAUGGGCCGGCCUGGCAUUGCAUCGUGGGCUCAAGUUUUGGCUCGUUCGUGACCCAUUCCACGGGAGGUUUCCUUUACUUUUCAAUGGAGAAAUUAUUUAUUUUAGUAUUCAAAACCAAAGUUCAAAGAGCUUUGGAUUCAGUCUAAGAUAAAAUAUAUAUAUAUAGUUGAAAACUAAUGCUGCUUUUAUAUAGGUUUCUUCUCUGAUUCUUUUUUCAAUUUUAUUAAUUAUUUAUUUAUUUUCUUGUGGUUGAUCACUAUUUUCUAUGUUUUUCUUAUGUUUGUAAAUGACUUGCGAUUGUGAUAAAAUGUUGUGUUUCUAUGAA